GUGUGUGUGUGGGGGGUGGGGGGCACAGACAUGGAGCCCUAUGAGCCGCUCCCGGCGCUGCUGUGGAGGCUCUGCGCCCUCUGUAUGAGCGCCUUCUUCUCUCUCGCCGCCGGAGUACAGAUCAAUGAUCCGGACGCAGAAAUGUGGAUUAUCGCCUACUUAAUCCCGGCUGGGUUGGCUUUCCUCGUUAGCGUGAACCCCUCCAUCACAGAGAACUUUAUGUGGAAAAGUCUGUCGGAAAUGCACCUGUUGAUGUGCAGUGCAGUCCGUCCUGUGGGGUGGUCUCUAUACCACAACGCCAAGAACAGCCUGUUCCAUGAGGAGGAGGGAAGGGAGCUUUUGGGAUUAGUCCUGAUCGUUUUCUGGAUCCUCCUUUGCCGACAGUCAGGGAAACAUCUCGGUGCUUUCAGAGUCUCGGUUGCAGUGUGUGUAACAGCUUUACCAUUCCUAGCCUGGCUUUACUACUACAUCAAUAAAGAUCUCCGAGCAUCCUGGCCAAGCCACUGUAAAGGCACCAUUUAGGAUGAUGGAUGUGUGGACAUUAUUCAAAGGGUUCCCUAACCAGCCCGAGUCGCACUGAUAAGAAGUGUGUUACUUUUAAUCAAAUAUCUCACUGCUGUUCUCUUUUUGUUGUAAUUGACAGCUGAUAAUCAGAUUACCCCCAUCCCUGGUGAACACUAAAUUGAAAUGUACUUUUUCUCCAGAUAUCUCGGUGCUUACAGUAUCAGUUGCAGUGUCUGUAACACCUGUACCAUUCCUAGUUUGGCUUUACUACUACAUUACGUCAGUAAUUUGUAACUGGAUGUCAAA